AUGGUCAUGACCAAAAAGGAGCAGUCGGCCUCGCCGCCACCACCUACAUCUCUGCCUUCCAGCUUUGCUGAAGCAUAUACUUUUGCAGGCAACUCGAAUGGGCGGCAGCGGCAGAGCAACCGCCUGGCAGACCGUAAAGCCUUUGAGGUUUUCGUUCCGAGACUCAAGUCAUCGCCCUCGUCCUCGUCGCCAUCGUCAGCCGUAAAGAGGGACAAGCCUUCGUCACCCACGCCCACUCCCUCACCUCCCAAGAAGAAGAAGAAGAAGCGUCGCCGCCUGUACGACGACCCUUCAUCAACCUCAUAUCCAGCCGCAGAAUACCCACCAGUCCCAGACCACCUUUACCCUGCCGACCCAAAUCGCCGCCUCGACCUCCUUGUAUGCGGGCUCAAUCCUGGUCUGCAGUCCUCUCAGCAUGGCGCUCAUUUCAGGCAUCCCUCCAACCAUUUCUAUCGCACCCUUCUCGCUGGUGGGCUCACUCCGACGCGUGUCGACCCGACUGAAUGCGCAGACAUGCUCGAUCAGCCUCACCCUUGGCCAUCGAUUGGGCUGACGAACAUAUGCAUUAGGCCGACAGCGGAGGGUGGAGAGCUCGGGAAGGAAGACUAUAUGAGGGGGACCCCGAUACUCGAGGAGAAAGUGAGGAGGCAUGCUAAGCCGAGGCUGAUGGUGUUCACUGGCAAGGGCAUUGGAGAGUGGUGGGGCAAAUGCUGCAGGCAACUGGGAGGGCUGCCAGCGGCGGAGAAGAAGAGGAGCAAAGAGACUAAACCGCAUGGCCGAUGCGACGCUACUAUAUCCAUCAAGGAAGAGCAAGGGCAAGACAGCAGCAAACGCGAGCUUUUAGACCCCCACCGCAUCACCCUCGCCACCCCAUCCCACAUUCCAUGGGCAGCAGAUGAGCCUUCCGGACUCGGUCUCCUGGACUCCGUUGUUGAACUUGAGGACAUACAGGACGGCACUCCCAUCUCUGCCCGGUACUGCUUCCUCUUUGUCACCACGUCACCCUCAGGCAGAGUCACGACGAUGCAUCUCCCAGAGAAGGGUGAGUGGAUGGGCAAGUGCAAGGACACCCUCGACUGGUUGCGCAAUGAGGACAAUGACGCAGACGGAAAAGUCCAACAAAAUCGCCGUUCGGUUACCUCCCGAACAUUCACGGUCGUCGACGGGGCUCGCCUUUCAGCACCAUCAUGA